UUGUUCAUUGCUUGAAGUAGAGGGAUAGACAAGCAGACUAGCUGAGGUUAUCUGUUUAUACAAUGUGAAGAUUAGUUUUGUAUUGGAUAUAUCUGCUUUUUAACUUUCAAAGUGAAUGAAACGUUGACUUGGACUAUAUGAAUCACAGAGGACUGGGGUUUUGCAAAAUGUCUUCUUUGUUCUUCUACUAAAGAAAAAAUGUCACCAACAUAUAUCGCAAAACUUAAGGGAGGACUGAUCUUAUUUAAAUGAAGAGAUGAAAACGGAAAAGCAAAUCAUUCUUUUCAUUUGUUUAUUACAAGGUGUUUGGUGUAAAUAUUGGCCUAUCAGUCUGCCAGAGAAGAUUGAAGCUCUGAAUGGAUCCUGUGUGACCAUAAACUGCACAUUUACUAUUGAUACCAAAUAUGACAAAGAUCUCACUGACAGUGCUGCAGGAGUUUGGAUUAAAGACGGGGAUGAAGCAAACAGAGUGUUUGACUCCAGCAGGCCUGAACUCUCCUUUAAAGGGGAAUUAACUGGAAAAUUAAAAGACAUGGACUGUACUACCAUUUUUUAUGGCAUUACUUCAAAUGACAAAGCCGAAUAUAAGUUCAGGAUUGAGGGUAAUGGUGGACUGAAAUAUACAUAUCAACUAAAAUCUGUUUCAAUAGUUGUUCUCGACUCUCCCCCCAAACCCACAGUGCAGAUGUUUAAGGAUCAGAUGGAGGUUAAGCUUCGGGAGAAGGUGUUAGAGGGGAGCUCUAUGUGUCUGCGCUGCUCUGCUAAGACUCUCUGCUCCUCUUCUCCACCAACUCUCACAUGGAGCUUCACUGACAGACUCCACCUCAAUGAGAACAGCAGACUACAGCUGGAUCAACCGAAUCAAACUGAGAUCAUCUCUGAUCUGAACUUCACUGCUACUCACCUUCUACAUGGAGUCACUUUCAUCUGCACAAUAACCUACCAGCUACAGCAGAGGAUCACAACAGCACAGAGAAACAUCACAUUACAUGUUCAGUAUGCUCCUAAAAACACAUCAGUGUCUGUGUUUCCAUCUAACUCUGUACUGGAGGGCAGUUCAGUGACUUUAAACUGCAGCAGUGAUGGAAAUCCAGCAGUGUUCAAAUACACCUGGUACAGAGAGAAUGGAGGACAGCUGAAGAAUCAGACUGGAUGUAAUCUCACCUUCAAUAUGACUGAUCGUACACACACAGGGCGCUACUACUGUCAAGCCAGAAACAAACAUGGCAUCCAUAACACAUCAGUGUUUCUGGACAUUCAGUGUGAGUAUUAA